AUGAAGCCAAGCCCUCAUAGAGCCCUCCUCCUGCCAGUGCAAUCAGGGAUCCGCCACACCACCCUCCCGGAGACGUUCUCAAUGCCUCCGGUUGCUACGAGAGCAUAUGACCCCGCUUGGAUACGUCAUGAGUUCAUCCUUGCUCAUGCAGUUGUGAGUGUGCAUAUAAGACGUAUUCACUGCAUUUCCUUGACGGUGAUGAGGGCCCGGAUAGCCGUCGAGUUGGAGACGCGCGCCUCGGUCGGCUUGGCAACCAGAACCCCGAUCCGGAAGUGGGUCGUAAACCGCGUGCGGGACGACGACUCGGCAGAGACGGCGGCCAUCAAAGUGCCGGACAGUCUGUGA